AUGGCUCCCAACUCCGCGGCACCAUGGUCCUACGCGGCCAUCAUGGCGUUUUGGAAUGUAGUGACCGCUAUUUUCUUUCGUGAAAUAAGACCCCGCGGUGCUUUCAACAUUCCUUCGACUGGUCCCGUCAUUGUUGUUGUCGCGCCGCACUCGAAUCAAUUCGUUGACCCAUUAUUGGUCUCGCUGAAUGUUUGGCGCGAGACCAGACGGCCUGUCCAAUUUCUGGCCGCUGCCAAGAGCAUGGAACGCAAAGCUAUCGGGUUCUUCAGCCGUGUUAUGCUUUCUAUUCCUGUCGCUCGUGCUCUGGAUUCAGCCAAAAAGGGCACGGGACUCCUUCGACUGGCGGAAGACGAUCCGUGUCUCGUUCUCGGUUCUGGAACCAAGUUUCUCACCGAAGUUGGGCCCAAAAUGCAGCUCCUACUCUCAAAAUCAAUGAAUUCCUUGGUUGCCGAGGUAAUCGAGGUCAUUAGCGACACUGAGCUGAGAAUCAAGAAAGAGUUUGGCGGACCAAAGGGCACGGCAAAGAUCAGAGAGCGUGUUACGGAACUUCAGGCUGGGCUGGACUUCAAGAUUGUCCCAUUCAUCGACCAGGCAGACAUGUACCGGACGGUUUACCAGUGUCUUUCCUCUGGAGGAAGCAUGGGCAUUUUCCCGGAAGGUGGUAGCCACGACCGCACGGAUCUCCUCCCAUUCAAAGCUGGCGUAUCUCUCAUGGCUCUUGGCGCAAUGGCCAAUGACCCUAACCUUCGUGUCAAGAUUGUCCCAUGUGGAUUGUCCUAUUUCCAUGCUCAUCGGUUUCGUUCUCGUGCUGUUGUGGAAUUUGGAAGAGCAAUUGAGGUGCCUUCAGAAUACGUUGAAAUGUUCAAAAAGGGUGGCGCUGAUAAGCGUGAGGCCGUGUCGAAAUUCCUUGACCUUAUUUUUGAUGGACUGAAAACUGUAACGGUGCGGGCGCCUGACUACGACACCCUCAUGUUAAUCCAAGCCGCCCGUCGACUGUACAAAACCCCCGGCCAACAUCUGACGCUGGGUCAAAAUGUAGAGCUUAACAGACGCCUACUCGAAGGCUAUGAACACUUCAAGGAUGAUCCACAAGUGCAGCAGGUUAGGGACAGAGUAUUGAAGUAUAACCGGCUUGUUCGUGAUCUGGGUCUGCGCGACCACCAAGUACCGAGAGCUACAAAAGCCUCGUGGAAAACAUUGAGUCUUCUUGCUUAUCGAGUCGGUCUUUUGGCUGUCUGGACGAUCUUUGCGCUCCCGGGCACUAUUCUGAAUUCCCCUGUCUUCAUUCUGGCGUCGUUGAUAUCCCGCAGAAAGGCAAAAGAAGCACUUGCAGCAUCUGUUGUAAAAGUCGCAGGACGCGAUGUACUUGCUACUUGGAAGAUCUUGGUCACGCUUGCGAUGGUUCCCAUCCAAUGUUUUUCUUACGCUUGGAUCGCUACCUUCCUUCUACCGAGCGGUGCCCCACUCAAAUGGAGACUUCUCACCCCAUUGGUGGCGCUAUUUGGCGUGCCUCUGAUGAGCGUCGCAGCUCUGAAAUUUGGAGAAGCUGGUCGCGAUGUUCUUUUCUCCCUCCGACCCCUUAUGCUCGCCUUGACUCGGCAGAAAGUGCUUGAGGAUCUCAAGGCCAAACGAAUUGCAUUAGCCAAUGAUGUUGCGCAGCUCAUCACCGCGCUUGGCCCCAAAUUGUAUGAAGACUUCAAUGAGUGGCGUAUCUUGGUUCCUGCCUCAACUGCUCCGCCUUCAACCAGCACCCCUGGUGGACUAUGGAGAAGGAAGAGUGCAACCGGAGGUGUUGACUCUCAAGGCCUGGGCCUGAUUCACCCCAUGACUUGGCUCGAUGAGCGGCUGUUUGGGUGGUCUCGGAGUUCAGUUCGUGGCACGAGUGCAUGGGGAGGGCAUUCCACAGACGCGAGCAGACUGAAUUCACCUAACGAAUCUGAAGAUGAAGAUGCUGGAGACUACGAAAAUGUGCUUAGAUUGUUGCCUGGCGAGCCUUCGAUGAGCACUUCACGCAGUCGACAGAACUCAUACGCUGAUUUGCAGCGCCUUCGCCUAAACACGCAACCCUUAUCAUCCAUUACUACCACCACCACUUCCUCCAAAUCCAUAUCUCCCACGGAGGGAUCGCCUCGGAGAGACAGAAAGGCGAGUUUGUCGGAUGGAGUGCCAGUGGAGAGAAUUGCUAGUGUCGAUCAAGUCGAACAUUUUGAUCAGACAACCCAAAACCUUAACGAGGAGAUCCAGAUGAUGAGAAAGCGGAAGAAGACAGUCGAUUGA